CGCUGUUCUCCCUCGCAAACUGGGGAGCUAGUGUUGAACAUUUAAAAUAUACUACAAUAACUCUAAAUGUUAAAACACACACACACACGUGGUCAGGCUGGGAUAGGACUGGGGGAGGGUUUGUGUCUGGGGAAAUCAGUCCCCUCUACCCAAUAAAGAAGCCUAUCAAACGUCUACAUUUAUUAGACUAGAUUUAUUUAUUUAAAUAUAAGAAAAUGCGAUUUUAAUUACGAUUCUCUAUAGUGUGUUUGUGUAGUCUGUAUGCAGUGCAACGGUCCCUUGAAAAGAGUAAAUAAAAAGCUUAGGGCAAGGUGAAAGGAGAGAAGCUGCUUAUCCAGAGCUGGAGGUGCAGCACAAGGAGAUGCUGUGCCCUGUCCACACGGCUUGCUGUUCAGGUCACUACCACCUCUGUUCAUACAGGCUGCUCACCAUGCAGUUAAGGCAUUGAGGCCGACGUGCGGAAGAGGAGACACCUCAGAGCCCGGCGCGAGCGUGUGGAGCUGCAGAGAGAGAGAGAGAGAGAGACGAGGCCGUGUCAAUGCAGCAGCACAGACGGCAGCCUGAGCUGGUGGAAGGAAGUCUUCCCGUCUUCGUGUUCCCCACAGAACUCGCCUUCUACGCUGACGACCAGGCCUCGCACAAGCAGGUGCUCACCCUGUACAACCCCUACGAGUUUGCCUUAAAAUUCAAAGUCCUGUGCACAGCUCCCAGCAAGUAUGCGGUGGUGGAUUCUGCUGGUGCUGUGAAGCCACAGUGCUGCGUUGACAUCGUGAUCCGUCACCGGGAUGUGCGUGCCUGUCACUACGGUGUGAUAGACAAGUUCCGGCUGCAGGUGUCGGAGCAGAGCCAGCGCAAGGCCCUGGGGAGGAAGGAGGUGAUUGCUACUCUGCUGCCCUCCACACAGGAGCCCCGGCAGCAGAAACAGCAGGAGGAGAAGAGGAUCAAAGAGCACCUGGCAGAGAGCGUCUUCUUUGAGCAAGCCUCCUUCCAGCAAGAAAGCAGAGCAGCCUCUGCAGGGCCCAGCCUCCUCACUGUGUUCCUGGGCCUGGUGUGCGUGGCUGCCCUCAUGCUGCCCACACUGGGUGAACUUGAGUCCAGAGUGCCGGUCUACCUCCAUUUAAGUGUUAACAAGAAACUAGUCGCUGCUUAUGUAUUAGGUCUUGUCACAAUGGUUAUUCUCCGGACAUGAAGUGCCCCGGGUUCGAGUAGCCUUGUGAAUGGACUUGGGAGAAGCGCACUGCAGACACGCGGAGUGGAAACUGACCCGGGAGGGGGGCAGGGAAGUCAUUUCAUAAUAAAUCACGUGAUUAAACUGUUACAGCGACACAGAGAAGGGAAUGCAUCACGCGACGUUCUAGCAGGACGGGCUGAAACCACAGUGCUUCUCCAAGCAGGGGGCUGUCCGGGGAGAGGGAGGGGGAAGGGGGUCCCGAUUCACGGUCAACACUGCAGGGUUUUCUAUUGAAAAACUGAAACAUUUUAUUAAAGUGUCAUUCAAAUGUAACCCCUUGGCUGCCUUCUUGUUAUUUUUUGGUUGCUCCGUUUCCAUUAACGGGUCAAUCCCACCCCGAUAAAGUCCCAGCUUCUUUCUUUAAACACAUUUGAUCUGCACAUCAGUAACCUCCUUAUAUGAGAGGCGCCUAUUACCAGAUUCACCGACCACAGCAACA